GCCUCGCCCUUCACGUCGCGCUCGCCGUCGGUGCGCAACAUCGUCGACCUGGUGCGGCAGGGCCGCUGCACGCUGCUCUCCGCGCUGCAGCAGCAGCAGAUCAUGAUGCUCGAGAGCCUCAUCUCGGCGUACGUGCUGUCGGCGCUCUCGCUCGAGGGCGCGCGCUCGUCGGAGCGGCAGAUGAUCGCCUCCUCGUGGCUGCUCAUGAUUGCGCAGCUCGCCUUCUCGUACGCCACCCCCAUCCAGCAGAUGCACCCGCAGCGGCCGCUCCGGUCGCUCUUCCACCCGGCCAUCUUCUUCUCGAUGUUUGGGCAGGCGGUGCUGCACCUCUUCGCGAUGCGCGCGGCCGUCAACAUGGCGCGCGACGAGAUGGGCCCCGAGCGGCUGCAGGAGGCGAUGGCGCUGUGGACGACGCCCUUCAUGCCCAACCUGCUCAACACGUGCGUCUUCCUCGUCGAGACGGCGCAGUGCAUCGGCGUGCUGCUCAUCACAGAUCACUACAAGGGGAGGCCCUGGAUGAAGGGCAUCUCCGAGAACCACCCCCUCUUCCUCUCCGUCUUUGCGACCGUCGCCGGCUGCGCCGUCUGCGCGUGGGGCAUCUUCCCCGAGGUCAACGAGCUCAUCCACCUGGAGCCAAUGCCGAACGACGCCUUCCGCUACAAGCUGAUGACCCUCGUCGGCAUCUCCAUCCUAGGCACCUUUGUGUGGGACCGGCUCUGCGUCGCAAUCUUCGCGCCCCCCAUCUUCCGCGCCAUGCUCGACGAGGCGAAGGCACUCACGCCCGCCGACGCGAUGCCCGCCAUCAUGUCGCUCGGCAAGGUGCUCCUCGUGCUCGCCGUGCUCGGCUCGGGGAAUAUCCUCAUCUGGGGCGGCGCCUACUACAUGUAUUCGCAGUUCAAAAAGGCGCGCGCGCAGCAGGCCAUGGCCUCGAUCUGA